AUGUUUAAACUCGUCUGCUUCGUCUGCCUGUUAGCUACUGCCCUUGCGGCGAAUUCCUGGAGAGAGGGGGCCUUCGAAUCCGACGAGAACCUCGUUGACGCCGACAGCCAGGAGGCUAAUAACCCCAACAUCAAUGCACCUGCCAUUAACUCCCCCUGCGGACACAAGCGAAUAGUCGGCGGUCGACGAAACGACGCGGUGGCUCCAGAGGACAACGCAAGUGCGAUGAACUCCCGCUGCGGCGGACAUCCGGACAACGACGACAACAACAACGACGACAACAGCACCACGACAAUCGAGAAACAUCCUUACCAGGUAUCCUUGUAUCAAGAUACAUUCUAUUUCGCAAGUGGUUCCAUCAUCAGCUCACAGUGGGUCCUAACCGCUGCCCAUUGGGAGAUUAAAGCCACACCUCAAUAUACAGUUCGCGUUGGCAGCAGCCAUCGGCACACCGGCUUCAAGUACACCGUGGCUGAAGUAAAAAAGCAUGAACUCUACAAGAAAUCGAGCCGCCCAGAAUUCAGUGACUAUGACAUCGCCGUCAUACGCAUUAAUGGCCGCUUCACUUUUGGCUCCAACGUGCAGCCCAUCCCCUUAGCGACCAGGGCACCUCCAACUGGCGCGUUGGCCGUUCUUGUUGGCUGGGGCCGUACGGUUAAUGUCGGUUCGAAGCUGCGGGCCGUGUCUGUGCCAAUCGUGUCCCAAGACAAGUGCAGACGCUUCUACAUCAACCGCGAGGAAGGCGAAGUUACUCCUCGCAUGCUUUGCGCGGGCGUCCUCUCCGGCGACUUCAGCACUUGCGCGGGUGACGACGGUUCUCCGUUGGUGUACAACAGGGCUCAGCGAGUAAAAACGGCAACCUCCAGGCGUGAGGAGCGCUCAGUCUCCGAGGAAGCCCUCCUUGAUGCCGGAAGUAACUUGGCUUCCGAUCCAGAAGACAGUGAGACCGGAAUAAGAGCGCGCUGUGGCGGUCAACACCCAAUUGCCAACGUCAGACCCAACAACGAGACGGAUCUCGAUCCAGAGGAGAACGAAAUCGAAAUGAAAGCCCGCAAUGGUGGGCACCAGCGAAUUGUAGGCGGCGUUCCCACGUCAAUCAUAUAUCAUCCCUAUCAGGUCUCCCUACAAGAAUAUAGCCAACAUUUUUGUGGUGGUUCCAUCAUCAGCCCACAGUGGGUCCUAACCGCGGCCCAUUGCAGAGUUCAAUCCACACCUCCAUACACAGUUCGCGUUGGAAGCAGUUUAAAAACCAAAGGAGGCAGCAUCUACCCCGUGGUUGAAGUGAAGCGCCAUGAACUUUUCAAUGCCUUCAUUGACUACGACAUCGCGGUCGUUCGCCCCAUUCCUCUUGCGAUGCAGGAGCCUCCACCUGGUGGCUGGGCCGUCGUUAGUGGCUGGGGACGCACACCAUCACAUGAAAUGCUUCCAGCAUUUCCAGCUUUUCCAGCAUUUGUUACAAUUGUAGGGAUUGUAGUAGAGUACGUAAUGUUAAUUUUCUUCUGUUAUAAGUUGCAAGAAGCUCGUGCUACCAACGUCAUUUCUGUUGCAAGUACUCUCACCACACACUGCAGCCACUGCGGAGAGACCUUCCUGCGCAUUGCUGGCCCCUUCGAGCGAGGCUCGGGCGGUCUCCGGGCUGGAGGAGCGGGACAACGUGGCUCCCUGGAGCCAGGAGGCCGCUGGCUCGGAGGAGGACCCGGACGCUGAGGACGAUUCCGACACCGAGGUGGCCCCCAAACCACACCCUUACGAGCAAGCGAUUUUUUACCGAAGCGUCGCUGCACACAAGCGGAUUGUCGGCGGGGGCAAUCCCACAACCACUGAACAACACCUUACCAGGUUUCCCUUCAGCUCUUUGGUAGUCAUUUCUGCGGAGGCUCCAUCAUCAGCACUCAGUGGGUCCUAACGGCCGCACAUUGCUUCUUCUUCGCAAUUCCUGGAUACACAGUGCGUGCUGGAAGCAGUUUCUGGAACUCUUCAGGCAUUGUCUAUCCUGUGGCUGAAAUUGCCAUCCAUAAGAACUUCAGCUACAAUAGCACUGACUACGACAUUGCUGCUGUUCGCAUCAACGGCACCUUCAAAUUCGACCCCAAAGUGCAGCCCAUUCAUCUGGGCCACCCACCCGCCCGCCCCUGGCGCUAAUGCUGUCGUCAGCGGUUGGGGCUUAACCUCCUUGCAGGCGAACAGCACUCUUUCCACCCAACUGCAGAACGUAUCCGUGCCCAUCAUAUCCAACGCCUUGUGCAGUUGGUUGUACCGCCACCGGGGUAAUAAUUCGGUCACACCCCGUAUGCUGUGCGCUGGGGAGCUUGCCGGCGGCCACAACGUCUGCAAGGGAGACUCCGGUGGCCCUCUGGUCAGCGGACGAGAGCAAGUUGGCGUCGUGUCCUGGGGCGAAGGGUGCGCUGAUGCCAACAGCCCCGCCGUCUUCACCAACGUUGCCGCCCUGCGCUCCUGGAUCAAAAAAGUCACGGGCGUCUAAGACACCCAUUUUUCUUGAAAAUAUGAGUUUGUAGCUCUACGUACUGUUUUUUAAACAAAC